CACGCAGCGUAAUUCAAGAUGGAGACCGAGCGAUGUGGUGGCUUCCCUGUUUGCUAGCUAGCUGUGUACAAUCAUCACAAAAUGGCUUAAAUGACCAACUCGCGGACGUUUCGCCGCUCGCAGAGAGACUCGUCGCCACAUCUGACAUGCGCUGCCGUCAACACUGGACCACGAUGACAGCGACCUGUCUGUAAACAGAGACCACCUGAGGAGCCGAGGGGGUAUUUACACAGGAGGCAGAAGAAGCCCAGAAGAGAGAAAACUGUCAAUGAUCGUCAACACAGAGUGGAUUCGAUCGAGGAGACCGACAUGGCCCUGAGAGAGUUGAAAGUGUGUCUGCUGGGGGAAACUGGUGUUGGAAAGUCGAGUAUUGUUUGGAGGUUUGUGGAGGACAGCUUUGACCCAAAUAUCAAUCCAACCAUUGGAGCAUCUUUUAUGACCAAGACAGUGCAAUACCAGAACGAACUGCACAAGUUUCUGAUCUGGGACACAGCGGGACAGGAGCGGUUUCGUGCUCUGGCCCCGAUGUACUACAGAGGCUCGGCGGCGGCCAUCAUUGUUUAUGACAUCACAAAAGAGGAUUCCUUCCAAACAUUGAAGAACUGGGUGAAAGAACUGCGACAGCACGGCCCUCCCAACAUCGUGGUCGCCAUCGCUGGCAACAAAUGCGACCUGUCAGACGCCAGGGAAGUGCCAGAAAAAGAUGCCAAGGACUAUGCUGACUCCAUCCAUGCCAUCUUUGUAGAAACCAGCGCCAAGAAUGCCAUUAACAUCAACGAGGUGUUUAUAGAGAUAAGUAAGCGGAUCCCCGUUGCAGACGCAGCAGGAGCAUCUCCAGGAAAAGCCUUCAAACUGGGACGGCAGGCCUCAGAGUCUCGCAGGACGUGCUGCUGAUGACGCCGUGACCUUUGCCCGCGUCUCCCGAGUUUCUGACUCCUUUUCCACCCGAAGCCCCCAAACUCCAGGCGGCCGCCCUCCGCCGCCGCAGUGCCACCGCGGCGGCCGUAGCAAACACAAUUUUACGGCACUCGGCUUAAACAAAAUCCUCAUGUUUUGCCCGAACGUUACAGACCGUGGAAAGAUUUCAGGUCGGCUGGGUAUCGAUAGAACGCGCUUCACACACCGGUGAGAGAAAAGUGCAAUUUUCCUGACUUCAGUAUUGGACGUCAGCCCUGGUCUGUUUAUAAUAAAGUAAUAGCUUGGGCAACUUAAUGGAUUCAGACAUCACUUGAACGUGUAAAUGUGUACAAUUGUGCAAUCUUUCAACUAAAACUCACCAAAUUAUUUUGAUAGUGUUUGAGUUAUUGCCUUUUUUGGGGUGAUCUCACUGCAAAAUCUCUCAGCUCCACGAAGAAUACAUUUAUUUUGUUUAUUCUAAUUUAUACAAGAUUUUGAAGUGACUGAUCCCUCGUGGCUCUCUUCAUUAUAUUCUCAUCACAUUCUGUUACAUUUCCAUUCAAACUCGAGAUUGGUGCUAAAUUUACUGUGUAAUUGUUGUGUUUGGAUGUAAUCACACAGUAAAUGAAGCAGAUAUGAGAGGUGAGUGGGAGCCUGCUUCCUUUACACUGAUAGGAAGAGCUCACCAUUUAGAAAAAUGGAAAGCGCUCGAUGCCUUUACGGUAAAUGUGAGGCUGAAGCCAAGACGUGGUUAUUUUAACACGGACUGAUUGAGAGUUGUAUCUUUUGUUCUGUCAUUCCUCCAAGUCUGUGCCAGAAAGAGAAUGAGCAAAUCUCCCACAGAGAUCUUGUACUUUAAUUGCAAUUGUUAUUUUUCUCUCUUUUUUUUUGGCUUGUAAAGAUAUUUUGAUUGCCUGUUAAUCCUGAGAAUGAUAAGAAAUCUAAAUCUAACCUCUGUGAUCAGAGCAGCCUUACAGUCAACAUCCCCCUACUGAUGACUUUUUAAUCAGAAUUUAAAAGAGUGUCUGUUGAUUAAUUUGAGAUAACGGGUCCAGCUGCUCACAUCUGUUCCACAUUUCCCUCCUGUGAGCUCUGAAGAGGCAUGAGCAGAGUCGUGUCCAUGAAGUGUCCCAUAAAAGCACUCGGUGUGGAGAAUCCUGCCAGGCUCCCAAUGUUACCUUCUCUCUCUUUUUUUUUUUUUUUGUUUCUCAUCUCAUUUCGGUGGUUUCAGCGGUGAGCCCGCCUGUCUUACGUCCUCUGCGGGUACUUUACGGCCGUUUAACAGGGGAAGCAGAUUUUUGUGAGGUCCGGCCAAAUUCUUUUAAUUGUCCAAUAAACAUUUUUUUGAUUUUUUUUUUCACAUAAUCAGCAGCAGUGCACACAUUCGGCAUCGCUUUGCUACUUGGCCUGCGAUUAAAAACAAGGAGCUCUGGAAACUCAUCCAGAGGAAACUCGUAUUUUAGAGAUCAAAUCCCCGUCAACUCAAAGUUGUAGGUGGAGAAUCCGACGUGGCCCCGUGUCAGUGCAGCGACCUCCUGUUGAACCUUGGCCUCCGUUCUGCUCUGAAAUUACUGUAUGAGCCGUGCUCCAAAAAUCCGCUUUUUGGUUUUCCUUCGCUCCACUUUCUUUGCCUCUUUCUCCUGAAUCCCAGGCUCUGACAGUGAGGCGAGCCUUUAAUUGUGGAGCAGGACCUAAUGGCUUUCACAGAUUUACAUCAUUAUUGCUCUGUGAUCUUUAUGGUAUAUUACAGCCGUUUCAGUUCCUUCUCAUAUAGACCUGGUGGCACUUCAAUUCUGCAGUCCUUUGGACCCUCAAACCCGCUUUUCUGAUUCUGAAAACAAGAUGCAGAUGUUGGAGAAUCUUGAAUCUAGAUCUUAUUGGUGAGUUGCAGUGCUUUUUUCAGUAUCUUCCUGUGGAGUGCAAUAGUUCCUAUUAACUGUGUGAUGACAGUAUUUCAACUGAGCAGAAGCCAAACACAUCCCUUGACUAUUUAGAGGAAAGAUCCAAAUCCACUCUGAUGCCGAUCGUUCACACAGCGCUGCAUCAUUAGGCCAGCUCAAGCCUGCAUUUACCACAGCUUCAGCGGUUUUGUUAAAAAGGGAAAUCGCACUGCUCCUUUGGAAGCCGCUCUCUCGACUGCUGGCAUUAAUUGGCCCACAUUGCAAACACUCUGCAGCCUGUCAUUAUCCCUGUGAAUUUGCUCAAUGAAAUAACCCUGUGAGGUGUCAGACCUCCUAAUAUCCUGUGCUUUUUUUUUUUUUUUUGCAGGUUUUAAUUCACUUCUUAUUGCUUAUUGAAGUUGUUGCCAAAUGAGGCUGAAGCCGUUCGCACAUCAUUAACAUUUUUUUUUGUUUUUGUUUUUGGUGUGAUUUCAUGAUUUAAAGUGCAAAUCCCUUAAGACACUUAAAAAUGGCAAAUCAAUAUGGACAAUACUCGUGUUACUUUUUCUUAUUUGUAAACAAAAGGCAUGAAUAAAAAAAAUAAGACUUGUCAGUAGUUUUUCAUUGAAAAAUGUCAUUAGUCUUGGGCUGGCCCUGGGAAUGUGAUUAAUCUAUAUUAUGUAUCUUAUACAUUGUAGAUAGAUGCCAUCAGAUUGCACAUGAAUCAAUGACUAUAUUCUAUUCUAAGCCACUUGUGUGGACGCACUAUACCUGUACACCGUUUGCAGUAAAACCAUCAGCAGUGUAGUUACCAUAUUUAGCAUUUUACUAUGUUUCAUAUUGAUUGUAACAGAAUUCCUGAGAGCACUUCUUUGCAUUGUAUUUCAAAAUGUGUAAAAA